CAUGUGACUCCCCGGAGGCACCAUGGCGGAAGCAGAGGAGCAGGAAACCGAGUCUCUGGAAGAAUCUACAGAUGAGUCUGAGGAAGAAGAAAGUGAAGAGGAGCCCAAACUGAAGUAUGAAAGGCUUUCCAAUGGGGUAACUGAAAUCCUUCAGAAGGACGCAGCUAGCUGCAUGACAGUCCAUGACAAGUUUUUGGCACUGGGCACGCAUUAUGGCAAGGUUUAUUUACUUGAUGUCCAGGGGAACAUCACUCAGAAGUUUGAUGUAAGUCCUGUGAAGAUAAAUCAGAUUAGCCUGGACGAGAGUGGAGAGCACAUGGGCAUGUGUUCAGAGGAUGGCAAGGUGCAGGUGUUUGGACUGUAUUCUGGAGAAGAAUUUCAUGAGACUUUCGACUGUCCCAUUAAAAUCAUUGCCGUGCACCCGCAUUUCGUGAGAUCCAGCUGCAAGCAGUUUGUGACUGGAGGGAAGAAGUUGCUGCUAUUCGAACGAUCUUGGAUGAGCAGAUGGAAGUCUUCUGUCCUGCACGAAGGGGAAGGGAACAUACGGAGCGUGAAGUGGAAAGGCCAUCUGAUUGCUUGGGCCAAUAAUAUGGGUGUGAAGAUUUUUGACAUAACCUCCAAGCAGAGAAUCACCAACGUGCCCCGGGAUGACAUAAGUCUUCGCCCAGAUAUGUAUCCAUGCAGCCUCUGCUGGAAGGACAAUGUGACGCUGAUUAUUGGCUGGGGGACUUCUGUCAAGAUCUGCUCAGUGAAGGAGCGGCACGCCAGUGAAAUGAGGGAUUUGCCAAGUCGAUAUGUUGAAAUAGUGUCUCAGUUUGAAACUGAAUUCUACAUCAGUGGGCUUGCACCUCUCUGCGAUCAGCUUGUGGUUCUUUCCUAUGUGAAGGAGGUGUCGGAAAAAACGGAAAGAGAAUACUGUGCCAGGCCAAGACUGGAUAUUAUCCAGCCACUCUCUGAAACCUGUGAAGAGAUCUCUUCCGACGCUCUGACAGUGAGAGGCUUUCAGGAGAACGAGUGUAGAGAUUAUCAUUUAGAGUACUCUGAAGGGGAACCGCUCUUCUACAUCGUGAGUCCAAGAGACGUGGUAGUAGCCAAGGAACGAGACCAAGACGACCACAUCGACUGGCUCCUCGAAAAGAAGAAAUACGAGGAAGCUUUGAUGGCAGCUGAAAUCAGCCAGAAGAACAUUAAAAGACAUAAGAUUCUAGAUAUCGGCUUGGCAUAUAUAAACCACCUGGUGGAGAAAGGAGAGUAUGACAUAGCAGCACGAAAAUGCCAGAAAAUUCUUGGGAAAAAUGCAGCACUCUGGGAAUAUGAAGUUUAUAAAUUUAAAGAAAUUGGACAGCUUAAGGCUAUUAGUCCUUACUUGCCAAGAGGAGAUCCAGUUCUGAAACCACUCAUCUAUGAAAUGAUCUUACAUGAAUUUUUGGAAAGUGAUUACGAGGGUUUUGCCACUCUGAUCCGAGAAUGGCCUGGAGAUCUGUACAACAAUUCAGUCAUCGUUCAAGCAGUUCGGGACCACCUGAAGAAGGAUAGUCAGAAUAGGACCUUGCUCAAAACCCUGGCAGACUUGUACACCUAUGACAAAAACUAUGGCAAUGCUCUGGAGAUAUACUUAACAUUAAGACACAAGGACGUUUUCCAGUUGAUCCACAAGCAUAAUCUUUUCAGUUCUAUCAAGGAUAAAAUUGUUUUAUUAAUGGAUUUUGAUUCUGAGAAAGCUGUCGACAUGCUUUUGGACAACGAAGACAAAAUUUCAAUUAAAAAGGUAGUGGAAGAACUGGAAGACAGACCAGAGUUGCAGCACGUGUAUCUGCAUAAGCUUUUCAAGAGAGACCAUCAUAAGGGGCAGCGCUACCAUGAAAAACAGAUCAGUCUUUAUGCUGAAUAUGAUCGACCAAACUUACUUCCCUUUCUCCGAGAUAGUACCCAUUGCCCACUCGAAAAGGCUCUUGAGAUCUGUCAACAGAGAAACUUCGUAGAAGAGACAGUCUAUCUUCUGAGCCGAAUGGGGAAUAGCCGAAGUGCCCUGAAGAUGAUCAUGGAGGAAUUACAUGAUGUUGAUAAAGCAAUUGAAUUUGCCAAGGAGCAAGACGAUGGAGAACUCUGGGAAGAUCUGAUUUUAUAUUCCAUCGACAAACCACCAUUUAUCACUGGCUUGUUAAACAACAUUGGCACGCAUGUGGACCCAAUUCUCUUGAUUCACCGUAUUAAGGAAGGGAUGGAGAUCCCCAAUUUGAGAGACUCCUUGGUUAAAAUUCUGCAAGACUACAAUUUGCAAAUUCUGCUUCGUGAAGGCUGCAAGAAGAUUCUCGUAGCGGACUCUUUGUCCUUACUGAAGAGAAUGCACCGAACUCAAAUGAAAGGCGUUCUGGUCGAUGAGGAGAACAUUUGUGAAUCGUGCCUUUCCCCUGUUCUUCCAGCAGAUGCCGCUAAGCCCUUCAGCGUAGUGGUCUUCCACUGCCGCCACAUGUUCCACAAGGAGUGCCUGCCCGUGCCCAGCAUGAGCUCCCCCGCGCAGUUCUGCGGCAUCUGCAGCGCCAAGCACCGCGGCCCGGGGAGCGCCAUCCUGGAGAUGAAGAAGUAGCCCGGCCCAUCCCCCUCAUCAUCGCCGCUCUCCUGAAGACGGUUGGUUUGUGGACCCUAGUGCUGUUACAGGAUUUGUACGUGUUUAUGUGCUGCUCAAAGAACAGUGUCUUCCUCCUUGCCUGUCUACUAGAGGUUUCCCCCAUCCAGGUCUCGACAUCCUUGGAGUCACAGUCCGUAUUUCUUCAUUUGUUUGGCUCAUUCUUUAUGUAGGAAAAGUCAGUCUGGGAGUUGGAAAUGAAUUUCUAGAUCCUAGGAGAACUGGCCAUGGAGCGUCUGGACUGCCGAGAGCGGGCUCUUCUGCCAUCCGUCCUCACGCUCUGGGUUUGGCUUUUUUUUUUUUUUUUUAAUGUCAUCAGCUGUAGUUACCUUCUUAAUAGGCAUGUAAUGAAGCAUUGUGUAAAUUGUCACUUAUUCAAGGACAUCUGGGAAUAACACGAGCCGGCUGACGUCAUGCUGUUUUAUGAUAACUGAUCACACGUUCUCUGUGUCUGCCGACUGAAUAAAUGUUAGCUCUUACCAUUAUGAAAGACUCCCUUCUAGUGGCUUGAACAACUUCAUCCCGGAAUUCUGGCACGCCGAGUGGAGGAGAGUUUCCACACCUUCGAGUGUGAGGGGUCGUGGUUAGGUUUUGCUCACAGGGAGGAAGGGAGGGACACCGCAGGGUCUGAGAGGGAUUCGCAGGAGAAGUGGCACUGUCCAGUGAUGGAGAGUGGGCACAAGUUUCCUGGAGCCUUCUCUGGAGCCUCGUCAGCCCUCGUGGAACCUAGAGAACAUAGAAUGCAGGAUGGUCUUACAGUUAUUGGUUUCAUCUGUCUUGGGAUAGGUGGCCGUUCUCUUGCCAUGGGUGCAGAAGUAGGGAAAACACUGUCACCACUUAGUCCCACAAAUGCAAAUAAAUGCAACUUUCUGCUUCGUUUUGGGGAGAGGGUGGGAUGCUAAUGAGUUCUGAGCGCCUACUGACCAGUGGCCCUGGCAUCUCCUGUCAUGCUCCCUGUGCCUCCAGAAAGAACAUACCACGUCCCUCGGUUUCCUGACAAAGCGACUAAAGUGUAGAGAUGCUCUCACAGUCACAGGUGAAGGUGAGCUUCAGAGCAGGGCUCCUUUCAAGAAACCAGGGUGGAGGGGGUGAUUUGGAGGAAAUUCAUGGCACAUCUCCGCAGUGGAGUCAAAAAGCAUGUUCUCUAGUGGACAACAGGCUUUCCCCAUUAGUCUUAAAUAUCCCAAAGUGGGAAGUUCUCAGCCCCCUCGGCAUCAUAUCCCCUCGUUCCAAAGCUAGUGCUCUUUCUGCUCUGUUCCCCAUCUGUUCUAACCAGAGAAGUCCUUCCUUCACAGAAGACCUCACCAGCCCAGUCUGAAACACAGGUGAGCAGCAAAGCUGCUGCUCGCAGGCUGGAGGGGAGGCCGUGGUUGUAAAUGCACGUUCGCCUCCCCCCCUUACAGAAAGCCAUUCGGAGUGUGAAACAGCCAAGUGCAAAGUUAUUUUGUGAUAGUGGUUUCUUUUGCUUUUAGCCGAAAGGAUUUUACACUAGUUUUAGAAAGGGAAGUUCUUAACAAAUUUUUAAUUUGGUUGUUACAGUGUUAAAGAUGUGAGCAAUUACCAUGUGUCGGACACUAUUACAAGCACUUUGUUUUACUUCUUGCUCACCCCACCCUCAUCAUCUUACAGGUGAGGAGACUGGAGCACCUAGGAGCCAGGCCAGCUGUCUAAGGUCAGGAGCAGGCAGGCGGCCUGCAGCGUCUGUGAUCUUU